AUGGUUUUCUCCAAAGCAACCCUCGUGGCUCUAGCCAUGAGUCUCUUCUCAGUCAAUGCGCACAUGGUCAUCAGCAACCCUGUGCCAUACGGUCAAUCCUCCCUCAACAACAGCCCGCUCGAAAACUCCGGCUCCGACUUCCCAUGCAAGCAGCGACCCGGCGUUUAUGACAUCACCAAGAUGAACAACAUGCCAGUCGGUGUGCCUCAGAAAUUAACCUUCAUGGGCGGCGCAACCCACGGAGGAGGGUCCUGCCAAGUCAGCGUCACGCUUGACCAGAAGCCCACCAAGAAUAGCCAGUGGAAGGUUGUCAAGAGCAUCAUCGGCGGCUGCCCCGCUAGCGUUAAUGGCAACUUGGGAAGUGAUGCUCAAGGCACUGACGCAAGUCAAUUCGAGUUCACUCUGCCCAAAGGUAUGCCCAAUGGUCAGUACACUCUCGCAUGGACCUGGUUCAACAAAAUCGGCAAUCGUGAGAUGUACAUGAACUGCGCGCCUAUCGAAGUCACCGGCGGCUCCAGCGACAACACCGUCUUCAACUCUCUGCCGGACAUGUUCGUCGCCAACCUUCCGCGAGAGGAAUGCCAGACGCCCAGUGACACCAACCUGAUCUUCCCAGAGCCCGGCAACGACGUUCAGACAGUGAUCGCCGCUUCUCCCGGCACCGUCAGCGGUUCCAACUGCGCUGCUCAGACCAAGCUUGGUGCCGGCGCUGGCAACGCAGGUACGCCCGUCCAGCCAACCUCCGGGCCGUCUUCCUCCGCUCCAGCAAGCUCCCCAUCCGUCUCAUCCAAGGCCGGCGGCGAGUUCGCCCCCUUGCCCUCUUCGUCUGCCGCCAGACCAACCGCGACCUCCCUCGCCACCGUUACACUCACCCGCUCCGCCCCCGCCUCCUCAAGGACUGGGACAGCGCCCCCACCACCAGCCAACACAGCUCCCGCCGGCAAGUGUGGCGUCGGCGCCGCCCCCUGCACAGGCGAGGGCAUGUACUGCUUCAGCACGACCAAGUGGGGCCUCUGCGAGAACGGUUGCGCGGCCGAGCGCUUCGUCUCGCCCAAGACCGAGUGCAGGAACAACAGCAUCCAGCACGUCUCGGCUGGCAAGCGCGACUUCCUCCGCCGUCACGCCCACAGGCGCCACUUCCAGAACAGCAUCUGA